AUGAGCUCUUAUAAUGUUGGCCACAAAACUAAGUUACCAACCUAUGUUUGCAAGAUCAGAAAACUUCUUUAUGGAAAAAUACAUCCAAAUGAAAUCUUUAUGCUUCAAUUGCAAAAUGAUAGGUAUAAAUAUAGAGAUGACUUGGGUGAACUGUGUUCAAUUUGUGCUGUUUAUGGAUAUAAUGUAUAUAAGCAUCCAUAUUGUUGCUUAACCUGUGCAAGAAAUAACGAACGAGCAUUAAAUGGAGUAGCAAUCAGCGGUGAUGGAUGGAAUAAUAAUUUUACUAAAUGCAAGAUUCACGAAUGCAACAAACCAGUUUUUGUUGAUAAAUACGGACAUCAACAUCCAUAUUGUGGAAGAACUUGUGCAAAAAAAGAUACGAUAGCAACAAAAAGCCCUGAAAUUAAUCAAAAAACGAACCAACAUUCAUUAAUUCCAUCGUCGCCACCAAUUCAUUCGAUCAAACAAUUGCCAGAAAGUCCAACAACAAUUGGGGAUAAUUUAUCAUCUUCUUCCUCUACACCCCAUCAUUUUUCUGACCAAAGUCCCUCAAAUUAUUCUACUCCAUCUACUGAAACUCUUGCUUCAGAAGGGUUAGCUGGUGAUAACGAUAUUGAAGAUUUUGUUUUACUCGGGGACGAGGAAAAAUGA